AUGCUUCUGCUUCCCCUUGCGCUUUCCCUUGUCCCCGCUGCAGCUACUGCCAAGCUCUGGGGCUGGCCUGAUUCUUUCUCUGUUUCCGCCGACGUCUUCGGGGACAAUAUCUCAGACCCAAACUGGAUGCGCCACUUCGACCAUAGGCUCGCUGUCGGAGGCUCCUAUCUCCACCCAGAGGUCUGGACGUGGGCACAGAUCCAGAAGGAGAACUCGGCAUGGGUCGACUUCUGGCGUCAAGGCAAUUCUGACACCUUCAACAUGUAUGAGAGCAACAAGGAUAGGACGGUGCAUGGGCAGUGCCAGAUUGUCCACUUCCAUGAGGAACCUCAGCACUGCCUCGGCAGAAAGGUCAUGGUGCUCCUCAACUGCUGGCAGUGGUGA